GGUCUCUGCUAUUCUUCCUCACUCUGGGAGGGUUCAAUGUGACUAGUGUACGCAGUUUAGGUAUGAAAAUUGGUCUUCUUUACGAUCUUUACGAUCUUUACGAUGAUCUAAUUGGGAUUCAAUUAUUAAACGAGCGACCAUUCUGUUGUUCUCUCGCUAGAUUUCAUACCCGCACAUACAUAGUAGAUUGCACGAAAUCCACUUCAAGACGCAUCCACGACGGUCGAUAGAUAAUGAGAUAGUCAGGAUGAUAUUCCCGCUACGAAGCGCGCCAAACCUCUACAUUUCUUUGCAGAGACAGACUAGGAUAUUGCAGCGCCAUCAUCUGAGCACUGUAUCAUCAACAGACACCGGUGCACCGGCGUCACAUUUACCAAGCCGCUUUUCCCGCCUGUCCAGCUUCUGGCUUGCGACUGGUGGUAUCACCCAAACUGAGGGCGAAGAUGGCCAUGCCAAGCUUAUUCGGGCAGGUUAUCUGCGACAGUCGCAUGCAGGAAUCUUCCAUACUCUACCCCUAGGCGAAAGGGUGCAGAAGAAGCUGGAGAGUCUAAUUGACAAGUACAUGUCUCAAUUAGGAGCCUCCAAGGUAUCGCUUUCAUCUAUCUCAUCACAAGCACUAUGGCAGCAGACCAAUCGAUUAGAAGGCUAUGGUCAGGAAUUGUUUCGCUUCACAGACCGAAAGGAAGUGCCAUAUAUUCUAGCACCAACUCACGAAGAAGAGAUCACAAAAUUAGUGGCGAAGACGAUUAAGUCGUACAAGACUUUACCCCUCAGGCUCUAUCAGAUUGGCCGCAAGUACCGUGAUGAAAUUCGCCCACGCCACGGCGUGCUACGGUCAAGGGAGUUUGUUAUGAAGGAUCUAUACACCUUUGAUCACUCACUUCAGUCAGCCUUGAAGACCUAUGAAGAAGCGUGUGCUGCCUAUAGCCAACUGUUCGAUGAGUUGAAACUGCCAUAUCUUGUGGCGGAAGCUAGUUCCGGCGAUAUCGGCGGCGAUCUCAGCCAUGAAUACCAUUUACCUUCGCAGAUAGGAGAGGACAAUGUAAUAAGCUGUACGGACUGCGAGUACGUUGCAAAUGAGGAGCUAGCUACUGCGCGACCUACUCUUCCUGAGGACCAGUCUGCAAUUGAGGGCAUUGAUACCCCGAGCAGCGCCUCAGCCAAAGUGUGGCGAAGUAUCUCGAAAGACAGACAAACUCUUGUUAAUGUCUGGUACCCAGCCUCAUUCACAAACGCCGAUAUCAAUACCCAUGCUCUUAAGUCACUGCUUCCAAGUUUAGACUCAAGUCUUGAAGAUGCUUUGCCACUCUGGGAGUCGGCCCUCUUCCCUUCGAAUCCUUCGUCAAGUGGCCAGCGGCCACUUUUACUGAACAUUAUAGACUACAGACUAAGGGAAACUUUUGCAAACACACUGAAGGCGGAUGGUGAUAAAUUUUCUCUACUGCCCCAUCAAACGUGUAUUGACGUCUCGGAGCUCGACGUUCAAUUUGUAACAUCAUCAGCAAGCGGCGAACCCCUUAAUACGAUUCGAAUCCGUGACGGCGACCACUGCCCCCGGUGUUCGUCAGGAAAACUCAUGAUUCAGAAAGCCAUAGAGCUUGGCCAUACCUUUCAUCUCGGUACCAAGUAUUCAGAUGCGCUUGAUGCUCGUGUCCAAGUACCCUCUGCCAUGAUGGAAGAUACCCAGACCAGUUCUGCUAAAUCGGACAGCAUGACUAGUGUACCAAUGCAGAUGGGUUGUCACGGAAUAGGCGUCUCUAGGAUUAUCGGCGCGGUUGCAGACCACCUUGCCGAUGAACGAGGACUGAACUGGCCCCGUGCCAUCGCACCGUUCGAGGUAGUCGUUAUCCCAGGGAGGAACAUGGAGGAAGAUGCCAUUACUGUUGCGCGUUCUCUAAUUGAUUCUUCUGACACGUCUCCUACGAUUGAUCUAGCUCUCGAUGAUCGCGCCGAAUCCUUCCCUUGGAAAUUGAAAGACGCAGAUCUGAUUGGAUACCCCGUCAUGAUUAUCCUUGGACGUAAGUGGACAUCGGACCGCCUAUGUGAAGUCCAAUGUCGACAGCUUGAUUCUACCGAGUUCGUUCCUCUUAAUGAGCUGCAGCAACAUGUCAAUGGGCUUCUUGCUCAGCUUUAGAGCAGACAUCAGGGUUUUUGGGGGAUUAGCUUUAGCUACACAAUAUUCUUGUACUACUUACUGUCUCUGUAUAGCCUGUAUACACAAAAUGAUCAGCAUGUGCAUCCGGAGUUAAG